UCCCUGAUAUCUCAGACAAAGAAAAGGAUGCAAUUGAUAAUUAUGUACUAGAUGUAUUUGAGCAUAAUGUGGACAAUACUAUAAAAUCUAUUCAAGAAAAAAAAGUUGACUUAGACCCAAAGAGCACUGAAUUUAUAAAAAGAAUUCUGGACACAUGGUAA